AUGGUUUUUUUGACAAAACCAAUACAACAUAUUAUAUGUUAUCAAAUAUUAAUUGAAAACAUUCUUAAACAUAUACCUAAAUUUCAUAAACAACGACAAUUACAUUUACAUCGUUCUAUAAUGAAGGUACCAAAUGAAAAAGGAUUAUUAACAUUUUUAUUUAAUGAUUUUCUUUUAUUUUCAACUAUAAAAACAUUAUCAAACAAUUGGCAAUCACAAUUAUUUGAGCCGAAAUCAAGUUUACAAUCAAAAAAUUCCCGACUACCACUAUUAUUAGCUAAUGUUAUUGCUGCUAAUGAGAUACCUAAUGAUCAAUUAAAUUUCUUUUUAUUAGGACGAAAAUUAAUGAAAAAUUAUUACUUUUAA